AUGGAUUCGUCAUCUCCAGUGGCGAGCAGUCCAUCAUCGGACCACAAGCUCUGGAGCGCUCUCCGCAGCCGCGUUGAGACUCUUCUGGAGGGGAGGAAGCGGCACGCUAAUUGGUCCUCGACUCCAACAGUAUGCGUUCCCUUCGUCCGCCAUUCCCCCAUUUAUGCCUCCGAUCAGUAGUAACCUGUCCCUCUGUGCUUCGGUAUGGCGGCUCUUCUGCAGUGUGGCGCGGAAUCGAGGUGUGGGAAGAGGAUCAGGGAGGAUUCCCUGCUUCUGAUCAGAGGACUCGACUCCGUUGCCUCCUCUCUCUCGCAGCUUAAAGAAACCCUAGACGACGCUUCUCAGGUAUGUUGACUCGAGUAUCGUGUAUCGCCUUUCCGAGUCCGAUUGACGAACCACGGAUCGAGAAUUUCAUUUUUUUCUUAGAUCUCACCGUAAAUUUCGUUUUUCAUGAGUCAGGGAGUAGAAAAUCUGGUUCAUCCAUCUCUCACUGACGUACUGAGAAGGGAAGGACAGAGAGUUGACGAAGAGAAAAUGGUGACAAAGACAGCAAGCUGUCAGUCUGCGUCCGAUGAUUCCAAGGAAAAUCGUGAACCUAGCAACGAGGAAGUAAAGAAUCGAGCCACCGCGGAGGAAGAAGAGCAGAAAAUUAGCAAAGAACACCCCGUAGAUGCUGCGAAGGGCGGGACGCUUAAAAAGGCAAAAAAUGUGUGAAUGCCGUUCUCGAGCUCGUGAGUUCAUUUCUGAAAGUAAUUAUAAUAUCAUGUCUUAAUUUUGACGAGUCUCGCUCGAUUUUUGGGCGUUUCUUCUCGGCAGCUGGCGAUCUCCAUGCUAUCCAAAGCGACUUCGCUUGCUCGGGAACUGAAAGCAGUCAGAUCUGAGCUAGGGUUCAUGCAAGAGCGCUGUGAUCUACUGGAGGAGGAGAACAGGAGGCUCAGAUAUGGAGGCGAGAAAGGACCGAGGCCAGAUGAAGAGGAUGAUCUGGUGAGUGUGCUAAUCUGUCCUGAAUCGCGCAAUUGCAGAAACCCAUUUCUGUCAGCUUUCAUUAAAUCUCAGAGGGCCCAGAUAUCAGAUAGAUAUUAACGCCGGCAUCGUCAUCUUUGAAACUGUGCACAACAUGCUUUAGAAUUCCUUCUACGAAAAAAAAAAUUAUGCUUUUUCAUGAUGAUCUUGGAAGAUGAUGAGAAUCAGCUGGCAAAUUGCCCAGAUUCCCCAUCGCAGUUUGAAUGGGAUCAAUGAGCCCUCUUAGAUGCGGAAUUCGGGGACCAUUUGGUGCUCCAUCUCUUUCGUUUUGAAUGCUAUUAUUUUCUUGAUCAAAUCAGAGGACCUCGUUGAGCGAAGUCCAAAGAUCCACAUGAUCCACAUGAGAUUAUUCAUGGGUGUUCAUCAGUCCUCUUCGUCUUGAACUCGCCGGUGCUGUUCUUCCACGAAAUCAGAGGAUCGCGAUGGCCGAACUUUUAUCUUGUUUAUUCUCAAGAUCGAAAAAGCCAGAAAAUAAAUUAAAAUAUCCGAAAUGGGGGAGCCCACAGCUCGGAAAUUUUCCCUUUCGUUGGUUGCAUUCAUAAAUGGCAUCUUCAAAAUCAGUAAUUUAUUUAUAUAUUGCUGGAUUGGGACUCCGCAGGUGAGGCUUCAAGUGGAGGCGCUCCUGGCUGAGAAAUCGAGGCUGUCGAACGAGAACGCCACCCUGACGAGGGAGAACCAGCGGCUCCACCAGCUCGUGGAGUAUCACCAGCUGACCGCCCAGGACCUCACAGAAUCCUACAGCGACCUCAUCCACGGCGUCUGCCUGGACUUCUCCUCCCCCUCCGCCAAAACAGGCGCCUCCGCCGACGACUUAGACGAUGACUGCCGCCGCUCUGGAGAAGAAGAAGAUCAUAUCCAGUGGGGUCCCUAG